ACCUCUCGCUCCUUCUCUCUCUUGUUCCCCCCGUGUCCCGCCUUUCCCAUCUCUGUCUCGACUGUCCAGCUGGCGAUUUAACUGCCAUUACAGCCAAAGUUAUUGCUGCUCAUUAUGCGCCUUUUAUUUGCUGCUUUAUAGCCAUUGUUGAUCUGACAGCACGUAACGUACGACUUUUCUGCAUGACUUCUCUUAAACAGUGGACCAAGACUGUGUUUACAGAAAUCGACUAAAUUAACAAAAGAGUCAUGGAGCUUUCUUAUUGGUGGAGACACAUUCUUGUCUUCUUACUUAAUUCCUGGAUUCCAUCAUGCUUUGCCCAAACCACACCUCCAGUGCGCUCGACCCCCACACCGACAUCACAAACGCAAGAGGGACCAGAGAGUCUGAAAUUUCGCCUGUCUGGUUUUCCCAGGAAGCACAAUGAGGGUCGAAUUGAAGUCUUUUAUAAGGGAGAAUGGGGCACCAUCUGUGACGAUGACUUCUCAUUAGCCAAUGCCCAGGUCCUCUGUCGCCAGCUUGGCUUUGUGUCUGCCACAGGAUGGACACACAGCGCCAAAUACGGCAAGGGCACAGGUAAGAUUUGGCUUGACAAUGUGCAAUGUAGUGGCAGUGAGAGAAGUAUAUCAGUGUGUAAGUCUCGUGGGUGGGGUAACAGUGACUGUACUCAUGAUGAGGAUGCUGGAGUGAUCUGUAAAGAUGAGCGACUGCCUGGAUACAAAGACUCCAAUGUUAUAGAGGUGCAAGUGGAUGAGAAUAAAGUGGAGGAGGUUCGCUUGCGUCCUGUGGUCACCGGGGCAGCUAAGCGAAUGCCCAUAACAGAGGGAGUAGUAGAGGUCAAGUAUAAGGACGGCUGGUCUCAGAUCUGCGAUAAUGGCUGGACCCCCAAAAAUUCACGUGUGGUUUGUGGCAUGAUGGGAUUCCCCCAUGAGCGGAAGGUCAACAAAAACUUUUACAAGCAUCUAAGAAAGAGAUCUGCUGAUCCAAAAGCUAAAGUAAAAGUAGCAGGAACCAGGCCGGAAUCCCCCAAAUCUAAGACUAUCACUAAAACUAGCUCUAAGCCUAAACCAGGCAAAUCAGCUGCAGCUGAAAGGUUGUACGCUGAGCGGCAGAAGAAUAGUUUCCUGGUUCAUUCAGUGGCAUGUUUGGGUACAGAGGUUCAUUUAGCUGCUUGUCCUCUGGAGUUUAACAAAGGCAAUGCCACAGAGUCGUGCUCUGGAGGUAUGCCGGCUGUGGUCAGCUGUAUACCUGGACCACUUUUUGCACAGAACGGCAUGAGGAAGAAACUCAAAAAUUUGUCUACAGUACGUCUGAAGGGCGGAGUAAAGCAGAAUGAGGGCCGUGUGGAGGUUUUGAAGGGCAGUGAAUGGGGGACGGUUUGUGAUGAUCGCUGGAACCUGCUGUCUGCUAGUGUGGUGUGCAGAGAGCUGGGCUUCGGCUCUGCCAAAGAAGCAAUGACAGGUGCCCGCAUGGGACAAGGUUUGGGGCCCAUCCAUAUGAAUGAGGUCCAGUGCACAGGGAAUGAGCGCUCUUUGUGGAACUGCCGCUAUAAAAACAUCACUGCUGAGGACUGCAAACACACCGAGGAUGCAGCGGUUCGCUGUAAUGUCCCAUAUAUGGGCUAUGAGAAAACGGUGCGCAUCUUAGGGGGGCGAACACGCUACGAGGGCCGGGUGGAGGUGUUACAAACUCAGACUAACGGGACGCUGCGCUGGGGCCUGAUCUGUGGAGAAGGCUGGGGCACUAAGGAGGCCAUGGUUGUGUGCAGGCAGCUGGGCCUUGGGUACGCCAACCAUGGCCUACAAGUGCGUCUGUCAGGUGGGCGUUCGCAGUAUGAAGGGCGAGUGGAGGUGCGGGUGGGGCAACGUUGGGGCAGUAUAUGCAGUGAGGGAUGGACCACCAAAGAAGCCAUGGUGGCAUGCAGGCAGCUAGGGCUGGGUUUCAGCAUGCAUGCUAUUACAGAAACGUGGUAUUGGGACGGCAGUAAUGUGACAGAGAUGAUCAGGAGUGGAGUGAAAUGCACUGGAGACGAGAUGUCUCUCAGUCAGUGCCAACACCACAAAACUGUCACCUGUCAGAAAGCGGCCGCUCGGUUCGCAGCAGGAGUCAUCUGCUCAGAGACUGCAUCAGAUCUAGUGUUGAAUGCACCUUUAGUGCAGCAGACAGCGUAUAUAGAGGACAGACCGUUACACAUGCUGUAUUGUGCAGCAGAAGAGGACUGUCUAUCCAAGAGCGCUGCUAAAGCUAACUGGCCUUACGGUCACCGUCGCCUGCUUCGCUUCUCUUCACAGAUACACAACGUCGGCCGGGCUGACUUCAGACCCAAAGCUGGCCGUCACUCUUGGGUUUGGCACGCAUGCCACGGGCACUAUCACAGUAUGGAUGUAUUUACACACUAUGACCUGCUGUCUGCCAAUGGCACUAAGGUAGCAGAAGGACACAAAGCCAGUUUCUGCCUGGAAGACACAGACUGUGAAGAAGGUGUUUCUAAGAGAUAUGCGUGUGCUAACUUUGGUGAGCAAGGCAUCACGGUGGGAUGCUGGGAUUUGUAUCGUCAUGACAUUGACUGCCAGUGGCUCGACAUUACUGAUGUUAAACCAGGAAAUUAUAUCCUUCAGGUUGUGAUAAAUCCAAACUAUGAGGUUUCUGAAAGUGAUUUCACAAAUAAUGCCAUGAAAUGUAACUGCAAAUAUGAUGGCCACAGGAUCUGGGUUCAUAACUGCCAUAUUGGCGAUGCUUUCAGUGAAGAGGCUGAGAGAAAGUUUGAAAAAUACCCCGGACAGCUUAACAACCAGAUCUCAUAAUUACAUUCGUAUAUUGAGAAAAUAUGGAAGUCAAAUAUUUAUUCAUUUAAACUAGCCUGAAACUAGUUUCCUAUUUACACUACAGAACCCCCAAAACCUGAAAACCCAAUGUUUUUACAUGAGGAACAGAAGUAUUAUUAACAUGAGUAAUUAUUGAACACCACAGAUGCAGUCCUAAACUGGUGUAUUUUUUACAGUUAGUCUGAUAAGCUGAGUAUGGCUGUAACCAUUUGAAGAUCAGAUGCCAAAUGAACAUUUCCCAUAGGCUGUGCAGUGGUCCAGCCUGCUGUAUUUGUUUACAGAACAUUCAGGUGCUUAUUUUUUAAAGGUUUAAAACAAACUUUGUUGGUGCAUCACACAGCCAAUGAGUUGUUGUCGCUGUGAGUUAAAAAUACUUGAAUGUUUUGUACCCCAGAUGAUCAUUCACGUUUAAAUGCUGUUUCAGGUUGUGAAUGUACAGUGUUAUGCUUUAAAGCUCAGACGCAACAUAGGAUCUUGUUACUUUCGAAACACAAGUCUUAAUUUGUUAUGUGUAACUUGUCAAUGCUUCCUUGACUGUCACACGCUGUGUUUUUAACCGAAUCGAUUAUGCUUCAUGUGUUCGUACUACAGUAUAACUAACAUUCAUGUUACACUUUUUUAGAGAUGGAAUAAAGUGUUAUUUAAAGUUGUAAUAGAAA